ACGCUGGACCUGCAGAUAGCACGCUUCUGAAGUCGCACAAACUUCUGAAGUAUCUCAAACCUAAAGUUUGAGGUUAAACUUUUUGCCUUUUUCAAGCUGCUACCUCCCUUUGCGACGAUCUUCUCUAAAUAGUUUCCCUGAAUAUUUUUGCUGAGGAGGAACAAAAAAAGUGAACUUGAGAAAACACAUGGUUUCAGACUGAGUGUUGACGUUUGAGUUUACCAGAGAUUUGUCUUUAGACUUUUUUAGAAUUCAGAGCUUUAUGCUUUGUUGUGUUUAUAGUUUCAGAUUUUUUUAACUUUAGAUUCUUUCACUUUUGAGGUUUUUCUUGAGAUUCCCAAUAUUUGGAUGAUGAAGUGCAAGACCUGUUUAAUCUAUGCCUCCAUAGUAACAGGUGUGCUCAUGAUCGUAGCAGGCUUUGGCAUCCUCUUCACUGUUGAUCUGAAAACACGGAUGGAGCAGAAGCUGAAAGCAGAGAUCACGCUGACUGAGAGCAGUAAAAUGUUCCAGUCAUGGAAGAAUCCUCCCCCUCCUGUCUUCAUGGAGUUUUUCUUCUUCAAUGUCACAAACCCAGAUGGAUUCAUGGCUGGCGAGAAGCCACAUCUCACACAAAUGGGACCAUACACUUACAGGGAGUACAGACCCAAGGACAAUGUCACCUUUGUGGGAAAUGGAACAGUUUCGGCUCUGACCACCAAAACCUUUGUGUUUGUGCCUGAAAUGUCAGCCGGAGACCCGGGAUUGGAUCUCGUAACUACUGUUAACAUCCCAGCUAUGGCGGUGAUGAGUAAAUUAAAGAAUGCGGGUUUUUGGGUCAGAUCAAGCAUUGCCAUAGUCAUGUCUUCAAUAAAAACCACCAUGUUUAUGACACACACUGUGGAUGAGCUGUUGUGGGGCUUUAAGGAUCCUCUGCUCAGUCGUUUACGCUCUGCAAAACCUGAAGUGGACGAGAACUUUGGCCUCAUGCUAUAUAAAAAUGGAAGUAACGAUGGCGAGUUUGUUUACUACACUGGAGAAAAUAACUACUUGGACUACGGCCGAAUCCACACUUGGAAGGGUGAAAAGAUGAUGUCGUAUUGGGCCACCAGUCAGAGUAACAUGAUUAACGGGUCAGACGGUAGUGCUUUUCACCCAUUCCUGACUAAAGAGGAGCGACUGAAUGUAUUCACAGCAGAUCUCUGCAGGUCCAUCUACAUGCUGUUUGAGAAAGAGGUGGUUGUGAAGGGGAUUCCAGCGUAUCGUUACACUCCCCCUCGUGCUGUAUUAGCCAGUGGAAAGAACAAUUCUGAAAAUGAAGGUUUCUGCCUUGAGACAGACAAAAAAAAAUGCCUGGAUGAUGGAGUCUUAAACGUAGCAGUGUGUCGUAAAGGUGCUCCAGUCAUCGUCUCAUUCCCUCAUUUCUACUUGGCUGAUAAGAAAUAUGUCGAUGCCGUAGAGGGAGUUUCACCAGUCCAUGAACAUCAUCAGACUUUCCUCGAUCUUAACCCGAUCACAGGUGUGCCAGUUCGUGCUGCUAAAAGAGCCCAGAUCAACAUUAAACUGGACAGAAUAACCGGAUUUCCAAUAACCAGAAAUCUCAACGGCACCAUCUUCCCUGUCAUGUUCCUAAACGAGUCUGUUGUGAUUGAUGAUGCAUCAGCUCAGAGACUGCAGAACCUCCUUUUCAUUGUGAAGCUUGUUCCAUGCUUCCCAUUCAUCCUGCUGGGUCUGGGAGCCUUUUUGUUACUCAUCGGCCUUGCCUUCUUCAUCCACGCUCGCCAGAAAAAGAACUCCUCAAAGACAGAAGCAUCGUACUCUCCUGUCACCGCCAAAGAUGAAGACUUGGUCGGGAAGAACGGCACUUUCAUCGGCAUGACGCCUGUGGAGAAGUCUUGAACAGGAUGUGUGUGUGUGUGUGUGUGUGUGUGUGUGUGUGUGUGUGUGUGUGUGUGUGUGUGUGUGUGUGUGUGUGUGUGUGUGAGAGAGAGAGAGAGAGAGAGAGAGAGAGAGAGAGAGAGAGAGAGAGAGAGAGAGAGAGAGAGAAUGAGAGGGAGUAUCAUACAAUUUCUGGUGCUCCUAAAAAUGCUGUUUGUUUUUUUUAAACUAUCAACUUAUUAAUAAGUUGUAAAUGUGACAUCAACAGGCUUCCACUCAGGAUGACCAUGGAGCUCUGAAUGAAUGAAUGAAUGAAUGUGUGUGUGUGUGUGUGUGUGUGUGUGUGUGUGUGUGUGUGUGUGUGUGUGUGUGUGUGUGUGUGUGUGUGUGUGUGUGUGUGUGUGUGUGUGAGUGUAUAUAUAUAAAAGAGAGAGAUUUUUAAUGGAAAAUUCCUAAAAAAAAUUUUUUAGAACAGGGAUGCAGCAGUGAAAGGUGUCUGCUUUUGUGCCUUACAGUCACAUCCAAAAGUCUGAAUCCACUUUUGUGAACUUUAGAUUUCAUCAGUAUUUAAAAAUAAGCUCAAUUCCAGAAAAGUGAGAAGCAUGUUAGGGUUAAACAGAGGACUAAACUAAUCAGAGUCGGUAUCAGGUGUUAGUCCCAAAGUCCAGAAUAUGUGUCAGUGACAAUUUACGCAGGUGCUAAAAUCAAUGUUCUGGGCUUCUGUGUGUGAUGUUCACACCUGGGUUUUAAGCAGCCUUUAGUGGCCACAGUGGCUUCUGAUUAAACACUGCAGACGAUUGCCAUAAAAAUCAUAAUCUAUUUUUAUCACACUUUUCAUUUGCUGUGAUGAUUUUUCAAAUGAACACAAUAUUGCCUUUAUUUUUGUACAUUCAUGCGAUUUCCCAUAAAGAACAGAUACGUCGCUGUCUCCCUCUGUGUCCUCGGUUUAAAGGGCCAAGUCUAUUCAUCGUUAAUCGUGUCACACAUUAAAACGAUAGAAUAUGUGGUCAGUCUGAUGCAUACAGUAAGAUUAAAAGUUAGAUUAACAGUAAGAUUAAAAGUUAGAUUAACAGUAAGAUUAAAAGUUAGAUUAACAGUAAAAUUAAAAGUUAGAUUAAAAAAAAAAAAAAGAUUGUCAAAAACGUUUUUUUUUUCAUCGAGACGUGAUUUUAUUGCUGCUACUAAACUUUAUUUCAACUUUUUUUUUGAGUUUCUAAUUACUGGAUUGAAUUAUAGAACCAGUUCAUGUACGAUGAACGCAAACCGAUUAGAUUUACAUUUACAGCGUUCGGCAGACGCUCUUAUCCAGAGCGACGUACAAACAUGCUUUUAAGUCUCUAUCUUUUAAUAUCAACUCUGAGUUUAGAUUUUAUUCAGUGUUUUGAAGAAUCAUGGUCAAACUGUGUAAUAUGUACAAAAACAAAUUAAUUUCAAUUACGUGGAACGGAUGUAUGCAGUUCAUUAAUAUUCAUUACAUUUCGAAAUUUCGUAUUUUCUGUCACUGUUUCUGUCAAUUGCUGUUUAAGUGUCCAGAACAUACAUUUCAGUAUGACAGACUGUUACAGGACUUAAACCGUUCCUCACUCGAGUCGAUAACACACAAGAAGAAAUCGGCUAAUCGUGCACAACCGAGACACGCCUCUGUUUUACUCAAACUAUUCCCCACAUGCAUAAUUCUCAAAUAACUUUUGUGUAGCUGAGGUCUGAAUGCUGAUGUUGUGUAUUUUCGGUGAACAAUUCUGAAUACAGUCUUCAAAAGACCACAACAGUUAACGCUCUGUUAAAAGAUGACACGUGCUCCAAUCUUGUAAUAUUCAGAUUUUAAUCAUAUGAGCUUGUUUUUGUUGUUGUUGUUGUUGUUUUUGUUGUUUCAAAAAAAUAUCAGUUGAGUCGGUGGUAAUUUUUAGUAGUGAUUUUUAAACUUUCAGAUCUUCUUAUGAGCAGAUUAUGAGCCAUUCAUUUUCAAAUGCACUGAGCAUCGUUACAGUACGUACGAGUUACGUACGUCUGGACACAUAUCAUGUUUUUCAACCACAAUGUCAUGUGGGAAUAAGGAAGCGAGACGAAUUUCGUUUUUUCGCUUUCCAUUUUGUGUUACUAUUUUAUAAUUUUUUUUUCAAAUGAUUGAACAAAAGAAAAAAGAGGAAUUAACUAUCAUUUCAUUCUGUCCUGUUUUUUUCCGUUUUGCCGUAUUCGUUUGUCUGACGAAGAUGCUGGCUUGAUUGAUCGUAUUGGUAUCUGCAGUAAAUCCGUUGUACCAAAUGAAAGCCGAUGUUUUUAUUGGAAUAGUAAGGUCAUGCUAACAUUUCAGAUUAUGUUACUAUUGUUACCGUGAAUAUUUUAACUGCUUUUCUAAACCUGUUGCUGGUGACAUUAAUAUUAACACGUACUAUGUAGUCAUGUUGCACUAAAAGCACCCAGUGUUAAUUUAUGUUAAUGUGUAUCAUCGUUGCUAAUGAAAUGUUAUAUUCAUUUGCAUUGGGUUCCGUUCCUUAAAGCCCCUGUUCUGUUACUUUAUAAUACUUAACAAUGUUUUGUCCAAUUAACUCAGAUUUUACUUUUAGAUUUUCUGGCAACACAUUUACUUUUAUCGUUAAACUUGUAUUAUUAUAUGUUUUUUUCUUCUCAAUGUGAACAGAAUUGAUCGUAACAGACUCCUGUUGUUUGGCGAUUCUCCUGACGGCGGGUGUGUUUGUAUAGAAAUGACAGAAUUGAACAUCUAUUGUGUAUAAUAAACCCUAUUUUGGUUGAAAUUUACAAUCACCAGCUAUUAUCUGAGGUUCGAAAUGACCCGAACAUCAUCAAAGUCAUGUAAAUAAUAAUUUCUUUUCAUAUACUUUAGAGCUAUCGUGCCAAACAAACAUUCAAAUCCAUUGACAUUUUUUAAUCGUAUGCAGAGUACACUGUUUUUUAGAUUUUAGCAUGAGUGUGGAGUUAUUAAACAACUGUAUUGCAAUUAAAAAUUCUAUUAAAAUGGAAAAAAACAAAAACCUGUAUUCACAUUCUCAUAUUAACAAUUUUUAUGUCUACUUUUUCCAUUUUAGUCUGGAUUAAGCGAUUAAAACUAUCCGUAAUUAUGAAGUUCUGGUUCAAACCAUAUUUAUAAUGUGAUUAAAAUGUCUAAAUUGUGCCACAAUUGUACAAUUCUUGAUGUUAGCAGUUUAUUAAAGUUUAUUUCAGAAUGUUUUUUGCCUAAUGUGCCAUAUUCUACAGUCCCUGCAUUUCAAAUUGUAGAAAUGUCUAUACAAUAUUUUGUAUAUUUGAUAAGCCACUGUGUGUGUCAUACAUUCAAUAUAAAUAAAACUAAAUCUGUUGGAAA